GGUUACGUUACUUCCAUACGAAGUCUGUCUGUUUUAUUUUGGUAGAAACCUUUCAUCAUCCGAUUUCAUGGUUUCCUUUGCCUUUAGAGUGGUAAACGCUGUCUGUGCAUAUAGAAGAUCUGUAAAUAUUAAAGUUUCAAACCCAACGAGAUCUUAUUUUUAAAAGUAAAGUCUCAUCCACGCCUCCCUCACACAUACCCACCCCCACAGUUGGACGUCAUACUGGAUGGAGCAUUUGCGUAAAACCGCCCUAAUGUGUACGCAAAGAAAGGUGUAACUUUCAUUCAUGGUUUAGUAUUGUUGCCGACAUGUCGUACGUGUACAGACGCUGUGUUUUCCGUUGCGAAAGGCAAACUACAUUGUUUGGCCUUCCAAUAGAGGAAAUGAUAAGAAAUCAUUGGUUAAACUUUAUUUACAACGCUGUUCCAGACCAGUACAGCUCAAGUGUUCGAUUGUGUGCCGCGCAUUUUACGGAGGACUGUUUCCUGAACAUGGGGGAGUACAAGGCUGGAUUAGCACAAAGGCUUCGUCUAAAAACGGGAUCAAUUCCAACUUUGCAUGUACAGUCUGAUUCACAGCUUAUUGUGAAAGAUUUACCUUUGUUGACAUCUGGACAAUCAUCCCUUACCAAGACAAAGUCAACUCAAACCACAGAAAGGAUACAAGCAAAUCCAGAAAGUGACCGACUGUGUGCUAAAACAAUAAUCGACAUCGGCAGUGCUUUUGCAUUGUGGCAAAAGUUCAGAGAUGAAAAUGGAUUUAAGACUGAUACUGAGCUGGCUUUUUACUUGCUGAGCAGGACGGGGUGCUGUGCAGAUCUUUCAGCUCGGCGUAAAAAGAGAAAAUUGGAGCCGUUAACUGAUGUGCCUACACGCCUACAAAUGGAGGAGUAUGAAAGCGAUUCAUCUCAGCCAAGCAAAGACCAUCAGUGCACCAAAGAAGAUGAAGACAUAGAGGUCCCAGAGAUAUGCUAUGAAGUCCCUCAUCCAUAUCAUACAGUAAGUCCUGACAUGCAGUUAUGGAAUGAACCAGCAGAGAUCGAAAUGAGGUCAGAAAGCCAGAUAAAGUUGGAGGACCAAUCUGUUGCUCCAGCAUUAAACAAUAAAGAUAUUGUUCCAGAGUGUUCUACUUCAAUUAUUAAAAUUGAAAUAAAAGAAGAACCAGUAGAGACUGAAGUACAACUGGAAAACAGACUUGAGAUCAGCAUGGACUCUGUUACUACAUCAGACAAAAUCACUCCCAGUUUUGAUCAGACUGUAAACUUAGUUUCAGUGCAAGUAAAAGAAGAACAUACAGAAGGACCACUUGUGCCCAAUAAAACUCAUUUCACAGGACGUUUGAGGACCUGCGUAAAAUGUGGAGAGCCAAUGCAGGAAUAUACAACCGGAUCAUCUGGGAGUCUCAACCAGCUUCAGUGGAAAUGUUCAAAUGGACACCUCAUGUGUCUUUUCUCCAACAACAACCCAACAUAGACACAUACACAUCUGAGCUAGUUUAUAUAAAGUUGAGUGUUCUUUAAAUAAAGGUUUACUUUGAUAUAACA